AUGCCGCCCCCUUCUUUCUCACACCAGACCUCCGUGGUCCUUCCGCGAGCCAUUCAAUCCUGGCUAAAGGACACUAUCCAAAAGAUCCGAUCCGCACUAUUGGCCAACGAUGAAGCAAAGCGACACUCGAUUCUGAGCGCUAUCGAAACUGCCGUCGAAGAGCAGGCGCAUUCACUUCAAAACGCCGCUCAGGCCGACGAUGCCAAUCAUCCCCCAGCAGCAGGCCCCUCCCCUACAGCACAGAUCAGAUCGCAGAUUGCGCUUCGCAUCAACGAUGCCAUCCACGGCCUCCUCCAAGGCGAGCUCGAAACGCAGCACAACGAAAAGCUUCCCGCCUUGGUCGAUGUCCUCUUUGUCACCAUGCCUCUCCUCGGGCCGUCCUCCAUCGUCAUGGAGUGGUGGGACCUCGUCCUCUGUCGUUUGCUCAAGAACGCCUCGGUGCAGAACAUCACGGCCAACCGUGCUCGAGAACUCGUUGUCCGUGCCAUGGCCGCUGCUUCCUCCGCUGCAUACGAAGACGAACCUUCUCCCGUCGCUGUAUGGCCGGCUCCGCCUUCUUUGGACAUUCCAGCAGACUCGCCCGGUCCAUCCACAAGUCCUCGACGAGCACGAGCGGUCCCUUAUCCCAUGUCAGCCGCCGCCCCGCUCUCUUCCUCCUCGCCAUCUCGCUUGCCCCAACGCAGCCCCUCCGCCAACAUGGGGUCAGGUCCGGGGAGCCGAUCUGCUUCCGUUGGCUCGCGGCAGGACACCUUCCGUCGAUUCACUCAGCGCAUUCUGGACCUCUACCUGGCCGAAGCAGCUCAGGAGAGCCAACAGAUCCGUGCAGAGGAAGCAGGACACCGAGAGCAGAGGCGGGGAAGUGCACCGGAUCUUAGCAAGUCGGGCUCCAGUGAUCAAGCUUCCCUUCGAGACCUCAGCCACAGCCAUUCACUCCGAGAUCCAGGCGCCAUCGUCUGGAAGGGCAACCUCGAGUCGAUUCUUCUCGUCUACUCCAACGAAAAGCCCAAGCAAUUCUUCCACCACAUUGCAGAGUCUUUCAGCGACCCCACGGCACGUGUUCCGCUCCUGUUCCUUCUCUCGACCUUCCUGCGGCUAUAUCCCAUCCACGCCUACCACAUCACGUCAACGGCCCUGCCACGUAUGCUCAUCCUCUCGCUUCAGCUCGACACUUCCACCACCUGCGUCUCGCUCGGCGUCACGGCACUGAUCAUGCUCAUUCCUCACAUCCCUAACUGGAUCGCCAACGGAGGAGCCGGCGGACUUCCCACCUUACUCAGCAUCUUUGCACGCAUCGUCGACUGGAGGCGUCUUGGCCAUGGCUGGGAAAGUCGCGUCGGGGAUGAUCCAGAGCUGGUAGAGAUGCGCAGGGAGAAGGACGAAGAAUUCUCCGAGAUCGAUCGCCUCGGCAAACGUCUGAACAUCAAGCCCGCACUGCGUUGGAACAGGCUCGAGUCGACCUUUGACACCACCAUGUCCACGCCACCCAACGCAGAACACCUCUUCACCUUCCUCUACGGUCUCUUUCCGUGCAACAUCAUCCGCUUCAUGCGCUCACCCAUCGACUAUCUGCGCAAAGCCUCGUUCGACAGCCCAUUUGAAGGGCCGUGGGAGGAUAUGAUGGACGAAGUAGCCGUGCAGAAUCGAUCUGCCCCCAUCCUUCGUCGACACACGAUUCACCCAUCCAUCAUCACCAUGGACGCCGAGACCGAGCUCACCGACAAGCAGCGCUGGCUCGAUCACGACUCGGCUGACAUCAACGCCGAAUGUCUAGGACUCUUCCUUGGCAAGUGGCACGAUGUCAACUCCUCGCACAUCGUUCAGGCCGAACGUCAGCGCCACGGAUCCACAGAGCACGACGCAGCAGAUGACGAGACCGCAUCCGUCUUCUCGUCCGAAGCAAGACUCGGUCCCUUCGACAUGAGCCGACUGCGCAGUACAGCAGCCCUCUUGCAUCCCUCUUCGCCCAGCGGGUCGGCGAACCGACACUACCAGAGGGUGCCUCACUCUGUCAACCCGGACGACAUCCUGUUGACGUACGCAUCGUUACGAUCGGGCGCACCACUCAUGUCGACGACGGCUGCGGCCGAAGCAGCUAGCAUCAGCGCGCCUACGCCGGGCGGCUUUGGCGUGCCGAGUCAGCCUUUGACCGCCGCUGCUCAACGAUUGGACGAGACCGCGUCAACAACGCCAACGGCAACGCAGGCAAGGGUGCCCAGCGGCAUGACGGCGAGCGCCACGCUUUCGAGACUGAUGCCCGCUGCCAGCUCUACAGCUGCCGCCACACCGGCGAUGGUCACAGCUGUCGGCAGCUCGAGUUCGUCGCACGCGCACACAUCCGUACCCGCUUCUCCUGCUACCCACGCCUCUCUUGCGCGUGUCCGCUCGCGAUCCGGAUCGCUAUCAUCGCAGUACUCUACCAACACCUCGACCAGCCCAGCCACGCCGUCCUCGCCCACAUCGAAGGAUCGCCAUCCCUUGGCAUCCAGCCAUCUGCCUUCUGAAGCCACCACUCCACAGCAGGAGCUGAGCGGCAUGGCGUUCAUGGCCAUCCCAUCGCACGACACAACAGCAUCGACAGCGGCAGCCCACAGCCUCGGUAGCGAUGCCUCCAUCAUCUCGUUCCUCCAACGCGAAAACUUGCUGCUGCGAAACGAACUCAACUUUGAGCUGUACCUCAAAGAGCAGCACCUGCGUCACAUUGGUCGUCUGCAUCGCGAAAAGGUGACCGACACAGCUCUCGAAGCGGAACGUCAGAACCUCUACCACACGGUGCGCACGCUUCGCACCUCGAACGCAACCCAGAGCGCCGAGCUCGAACGCUGUCGCGCCGAAGCGUCCGCGACCAAGUCCCGUCACGUCCAAUGGGAAGCCGAUCUGAACAACAAGCUCAAGGCGUACCGCGAAGAACGCAAAGCGUGGACGACCGAAGCGCGUCAGCUCAAAGCCCAGGCCGAAGAGGAUGCGGCCAACAUCACUUCGCUUCAGCGUCAACUUGAGGAGUCUGGCGCGCAGCUGUUUGAGCUGCAAACCAAGAUGGAGGCGGACGAGCCCAAGUUGGCGCGACUCGAGCAGUACGAGGCCAAAAUCGCACAGUUGACCACCUGCCUAGCGUACUGGGAUGCCGACGUGCUCAAGUACGAGCAGCAGAGGAAGGAGAUGGAGAAACUGCUGAGCAAGUGGGAUGAGAUGGCGUAUCUCGUCGAGGCGACCGAGGCGACGUUGGCCGAGGUCGAGGGGAGGUGCGCCGGGUUGGAGGCGGAGAACGAGCGGUUGAGGGGCGAACUGGAGGCGGCGUUUGCAAGCGUGAGGGUGUUGAAGGAGGAAAAGGCGCAGUUGGUGGUCGAGGGCGAGCCGAAGGUGCAACAGGCCAAGAGGGAGGUGGAGGAGGUGGGGAGGGAGAGGGACGAGUUGAGGAUGAGGAAUGAAGGGUUGAGUGCCGAGGUGUUGAAUCUCAAGGCGAGGUUGGAGGCGUUACAGAUGCGCGAUGCCGACGUGCCGCCCAUCGAAGCCGAGCUGGAGUCGCAAGCCCGGUGA